GUCGUCAAUGUGUAAACCAACGUUGUACUCGAAAGUUUCUUCCUCGCGUUCCGUCAUUAGUCGGAAACGGUACGGUUUGACAUUCGCAUCGUCCCCUCGUUCCUGUGUGUUUACUAUUCCUGCCGCGAAAUCAAACGGCGAGGCGUCUAUUUAACAACAACGGUGGUUCGAAGGAUCGGGAUCGAUCGGAAACAGAAAUUUCGAUUUGAAACUCGUAUCCAACUUUUCGGUUCGUCUCGUCUGCCCGUCAACGACGACGGGCAGCCACGUUUCAUCGACCGAGCAGACAAGUUCUAUCUUUUCUUUUUUUCUGGUGAUCCCGCUGAGAUAUAUCGAUAAAAACAACGCGUCUAUUGGUGACGAUCCACACAGUGUGUGUACGAUCGGUCGAGCGGUGAGAGCAGCCGCGAGGAACUCAACACGCUCACGCAGAUUUCCGUCGUUUCUGCACGUCGUUGCCGGCUUGAAAACGUCACGUGUGGUGCCGGAUAAAGAGUAAGAGAGAGAGCAUAUGCGAUAGUAAUCGUAAACGCGUCGCAUCCCCGCACGUUAAGUGGACGAGAGAACGCUCAGAUAGGAUAUAUGUUAGCGUGCUUUGACUUCGGUGAAGAUCGGUGAGACGUGCUGUGCUACUGCGCCCCGACGACAACGCGGAGAGGCUCUUACAAGACUGUGGCUCCCUGGAGAUCGGCGAGGAACGCCAGCGUCGGGUCGCUAUGAUGGAGUCCCUGUGCCAGGUGAACGGCACGAAGAGCAACGGAGGCAACGACAACAACGCGAACAGUGGCAGCAACAACAACCACAAUAACUCAGACUGUCCGGAUCCCCAGCAGAGGCUGGCUGUGCUCAGUUUCGAGCAAGUUAGACGAUUGAAUGAUGUGAUGAACGAGGUGGUGUGCAUCCACGGUCGUGGUAACUUUCCUACUUUGGAAGUCAGAUUGAGAGACCUGGUUACCGUGGUCCGUAGCAAAUUAGAGUCUGACCCAAGCAACGGUGGUGCCGGUAUGAGGGUACGCGACAUCAGGUUGAACGGCGGCGCGGCUUCUCACGUUUUGGCCACCGAGUCGCAACCGUACAACGACCUGGACUUGAUAUUCGCCGUGGAAUUGUCGAGCGGGCGAAACUACGACAAGGUGAAGGCCGCGGUGCUUGGCUCGUUAUUCGACCUGCUGCCAGAAGGUGUCAGCCGUAAACGUAUCACUACGUGCAGCUUGAAAGAGGCGUACGUGAGCAAAAUGGUGAAAGUGAAUAACGACGGAGACCGGUGGUCCCUGAUUUCCCUUGGGAACUCACGAGGUCACAGGAACGUCGAACUGAAGUUCGUUGACUCAAUGAGGCGGCAGUUCGAGUUCUCAGUCGACUCGUUCCAGAUCGUGCUCGACUCGCUUCUCCUGUUCUACGAGUGCAGCAAGCUACCAAUUGGCGAGAAUUUCUACCCAACCGUGGUCGGUGAAUCGGUGUACGGUGAUUUCCAGGAGGCGUUAUACCAUCUGCACAAGAAACUGAUCUCGACGAGGCAUCCGGAAGAGAUCCGCGGCGGCGGCCUGCUCAAAUACUGCAAUCUCCUGGUUAAGAUGUACAAACCCUCUCAGCCUGACUAUAUAAAAACCCUCGAGCGAUACAUGUGCUCGAGAUUCUUCAUCGAUUUCCCGGACAUCAGCCAGCAACGGGCCAAACUCGAGAACUACCUGUGGAACCACUUCGUCGGUCCCGAGGAGGAAGCCCUCAAGUACCAGUACCUGAUGUUGCUUCACAGCGUGGUGGAAGAGUCCACCGUGUGCCUGAUGGGUCACGAGAGACGACAGACCCUAGCUCUCAUCGAAAACCUUGCGUACCAGGUGUUCUGCCAGGAGCAACAACAACGGUUGACGAAUCAUCAGCAGGCACCUCCUGGACCGCCCACCACAUACGUUUACGCGAACGGUUACUAUUACGCUCCAGUGAUACCCACCGCGUGCUACACGUGCACGUGCAACUCGUGGAUGGCGUGCUCGUCGUGAUGCGACAUCGACGCCAACGUCAUCGUCGCCACUAGCACCGCCAUCAACACCGCUACGACCACCACCGGCACGAUCACCGAUGUCCGCGAUAACUCCAUGAUCUUUAUUGACCACGGAACCAUCGACGAGCCUCUGCUUACCGACCAGGGGGGCAAUCGUCCUCAAUCAGGUUACGAUCGACGUAAUUCGGAUCGUCGUGGUUCGUGUUUAUCCAACAAUCUCGAGAAAGACGCUUGUCGAUCAUUGAUCGUUCACGACAGCGGGUCGAAGGAGCAAAAUCGUUUGCUCCUCAGUUGACGCUUGGACACGCGUCGAACAUCGAACACCGACCGAUCCAGAGUGUGACGUAGACGAGAAAGAUUCUCGUCGGAAUAAAACGGAGGAAGAUAAAACCCGCGGUGAUCGAUUCGCCAAAUGGAUCGUGGCAGGACGGUGUUUAUCGUUCGAGCGGGUCGGUGACAGUGAACAAAAACAACAAAAACGAAAGAAACAGCUUCGCGGAAGACUGAAGAGAUCCAGGAGAAGAUCAAAUUCUAACCUAACGGCGGGAACAUUUGUAAUACUGCGCGUUUACGUCCCGGUGUAUCUUUCUGUUUCUCCUGGACGCGUUUAUUCAGCUCCAGUGGACGAUCAGUUGUCGCGGGAGGAAGGACCAAAACACAAUGGUAUUUGCUGUAAAGACGGUCGUAGGGGAUCAACCGAGAGACUACAAGACUCCAAAAGAAAUAAAAAAAAAAGAAAAAAAAACAUUGAAAUAAAGAAAGAUAAAGAAACCAAGCGGAACGAAUAUAUAGAAGAAGUAACAAAAAAUGAAUGUGUUGUGCCUAACGAAUUCGAACGGAUGGUGGAGAGAAACGGAAACCGCAAUUGCGCACGCGCGGUGAAAACAUGCGACGAAUAUACCCGGUAAACUAUUAUACUAUUGUCGGUGCGCGCGUCGACGAAACGAGACGGACGCAUAUAUGAAUCGCAACGGUGGCGCGAGAGAGACAGAGACUGUGCGCGCGCUGAGAAAAGAACACACACGCUUUUCAGAGUCCCCGGGAGGACGGUAGCGCCGCCAAGCGAUGGCGUCGGUUCACUAAGUGAUUCCGUAUGGAACCGGAAGGAGGGAAGUCAAUUUCGAAGGCGGAGGAACGACGACGAAACGGAAUUGAGAGCUGUACGGAGAACAAUACCGAGGAGUUCGAAAGAAAGGAAAGAGAAGAAGAAAAAACGCCGACGACGAGGGAGAACAAACGAAGGAACAGAGGGCGUCUGGGAUUGGAUCGGAGAACGAAAGGAACGGCUGAUAGAUAGCGCAUACGAAGGCGUCCGUCAGCGUUCCACGGUCGCUCCUCUUUCUUUCCUCUUUUCCCAAAACGAAGAAAAAAACAAAAAAAAAUGCAAAAAAAAGUAUAUUAUAACGAAUGAACAUAUGAUGUUUCGAGAAACGUGUAACUAAAGGAAAGGUAGUGGUAACACACACAGAUUUCACAAAAAGUAAGCAAAAAGUAAACUCAAACAGAUUAAAAAUACAAAGAAACAUUAACGGGCGUGGCGUUUGCAAAAAAAAGAAUAAUUAUAAAUAUAUAAAUAUAUAUAUAUACUAUAUUUAAAUAUAUAAAUACAUGUAUAAAAUCUAUGUAUAAAUAUUAAUGUGUGGCUGUGAACACAUUUCAUUUAGAUACUACUGUAACGUGAUAUAUAAGAUUGAGAGAAAAAAAAUCGAGGAUGAGCGGCGCGAUCGGUGCGACAACGAGAGAGUUUGUACGCGGAGAGUGUGUGUGUGAGAGAGAGAGAGAGAGAGAAAGAGAGAAGAGAGUAAAAGGUAGAAGAGAGUAAAGGAAGGAGAAGAUGAACGAGGGGUGAGAGGCGUCUCUACUUGUUUUCUUUUCUUCUUUUUUCUUUUUUUAGUUUCGCGUCAACCAGCGCUGUCACAUCGCCUAGACAAAACAGACAAACAAGAACAAAACCUAAGCAAAUAAACAAAAAGAAAACAUGAACACUCAAAGAAACAGAGGCACCCUCAUGUAACGUACAUACACACGAAUACUUGGUAAACUGAGACGAAUGUUGAUCCAGGUAAAAAGAAGCAAACUAUCGUUUACCAAAAGACGCGCGCAUAAAAACAUGAGACGCUAAAACGACCAUCUAGACACUCUUUCCAGUUCUAGUAUUAUACCAGGGAAAAAGCACCGUGACUAAUCUUGGGAUUCAUGGAAGGACGCGUCGAAGGAGAUUCGAGGUGACUAGAAGACAGAAGCCCUUCAUCUUAGCCUGUAUACGCUAGACUAUACACAUAACCACGUACAACGAGUAUAUGUAUGAAGACUAUAGGGAAAGAGAUAAGUCACAUUUUGUUGUCGUUCGUGUGGGAGCAAUUUAAAAAUAUUUUAUCAAUCAGCCACAUAUCGAAAUUGUCAUCAAAAUGCUUCUCAUUAGAUAUUAGAUAUCAAAAUACACCCUUUUAGCUACUUUUAGCAACCCCAAAAUGAAGAAAUUAAUACAAUCGUAUUCCUCGUAUUUUCCCCUAUAAUCUUCGUACCUAAUCGCAUACAUUUGUAGAUAUAUAAAAACACAUAUAUAUACACACACACACACACACACACACACACACACACACGUACGUGCGAUCGAGCGAUCCUUGCGGCGAUCCUAGUCUCCGCCGGAGGCGACGGUGAACAGCUUGCAUAACCUUCUUUCUUCUCGAUACCGAUAAUUAUUUAAUACCUUAUCCGACUGAACAGCAGCAGCGCCGCUCGCAAAGCAAAAUACACGCGCGUUCGCGUGCCUAUGUUUCUCCGGCCGUGAUAAAACUCAUUUGCAUAAUAAAACGUAGACUCUUGGCGCGGCGAACUUGCAAACUGUAUCGUCCCGCGAAUCGCUGUCGGUGCGUAUACAAACGGGCACGCGUGUGUGUGUAUCCGCGUGUGUAUAAUCUGUUCUAUACACGCACAGAGAAUAUACACCACCAAGCCACGAAUCUCCGAGCGUUUUUCGCGUGUCUCAGCAAAUCUUUAUCUCUCUAAUGCGUUGUUCUCUUUCUCUGUUCCUACCUGCAGCAGGCAGACACGUAACGCGUAGAACAUACAGAUAAAACACUCACAUACACACACGCACACGCACACGCAGGCACGCACGAAGUACAGAGACAGGUGCGUGUAAGCAAGGAGAGUAAAGAAGAGAGAGGACGUAUAUGCUCGCCACUUGGCGUCUCUCUUUUAUGUGCGUGUCCGUAUCGACUGGUGACCCCGUUAGUCAGCAUAGUCAGUCACUUUGCUCGCUCGCUCGCUCACCAGUUAGAAGUUAGCCAGGCCUCGUUCGUUCGCUCGCUCACUCUUCCUUUCAGUUUGCAAGCGAAAGUAAAGGCCUAAUAAAAAGCCCGCAAACUGGUUUUUCUGGUAUAUCGCGUGUUAAUGCUAAGGAGAGCCAGGCCGACUAGCAGCGACGUUCUGCACCCGGUGCGCGCCUCUAGCCGCCUGUUCCCUCUGUUACCAUCGCGACCAUUUGUUUCCAACCACCUAUCGACGAUCCUUAUCCCUCUAUUUCCUUCGUUACGGCUAAUUUCCCAUCACCUAUCGACGAUCCUCGUCUAUCUGUUUCCUUCGCUAUCACUAGUUUUCGAUCAUCAAUCGACGUGACGUUGCUCCUCCUAAUAAUCAUUUCAUUGUUGUUCUUACUGUUAUCCUCAUCUCUGUGAUCUACGGUAGCAAUAGCCAGCCGUUACACCGAAGCUUUCGUUCCUUCUUCGUAGCUUCCAUCGUCGAAUACACUGCGGAUGUUCCAAUGGAAAAUGGAGAAGAUUCGCGAACGUUAAUUACAUGCUCGAUUUGCAACGAAGGGUUUAAGAUAUUUGUUGUCGUGUUGUCGAAGAUGGUUUUGGAUGAUUGCGUGGUUGUUCGUAAUCGGUAGAUGACGGACGUUUGUGCAAAUUUAGGUUUUAUUUAAUUCGUUAAGGAAAUGAAAUCUAAGUAAAGAUUUCUGUCGCACAUUAAUUGUCAUAAAUUGUAUGUUCCGAAUAUUCUUAUUCAUUAUAUAUAUGUAGAGUACAUAUUCUGCACAUUUAAAUUUUCCAAUAAACAGCAUAAACAUCCCAAGUCUAUUAAUUAGAAUUAACAGUUUUGUGUUUCUUUUUAGGAUUACAUGGUAAUUUUGUUAAAUGUGAAGUAUUAAAAUGACUUGAGUCGGGACUCUACUGAUUUUGGAUCGAUAUUUAUGUAGUGUAUCGUAUGAAACGUGGAAAGAAAAGACAUUUUUUUUCUACCACAACAAGUUUGAAAUUUUAGAUCGAUAUGUAUCCAGAAUGUGUUUAGAUAGAUCUUAAGAAGCCUCGAAUUUGGAACUCGAGAUAAAUCGUAACUUGCGAAGUUUGACUUGCAAGUUCAAUGGCUGAUAUAAUUAGAGUGCUCCUGUUCGAAGUUUUUCACAAGUUUCCUCAAGGAGGAUAAUUCAAUUUCCAACUUGUUCCUACAAAGAGGAUUGAUUCUUUAUUUCUUGUCUACUUUCUCAUUCGAACAUCAGACGCGAAUCCAUUAGAACAUUUCGUAAUAUCGUCCACUCCGUAUAUGUCAGUCCGUCUCGUUUAAUUCCUAAGAACUUUAAGAUCGUGUUGAUCAUCGAUCGUGUCGAUCUAUUGAUCUGUCGAUCCAAAUAUUGACCGUUCUUUUUAACGUAGGUGACAGGAUUGCAAUAUAUAUAUAUGUUCGUUCGCGCCAAAAAAAAACUUAAUAAAACAUGUACAUACAUGUAACCAUAAAUUGGGAAAAAAUUAAAAAAAAAAUUUCUCCUUUUAUCGCAUUCGUAUUUUUACUAAUUAUAUAUAUAUAUAUUGUUAUAAAGUAUAUCAUUGUGUGAAGUUUUUUAAACAAUUUUUUAUUAGUAGAAAAGAAGCUCAUCAUUUGGCUAUGGUACCACAGAUGUUUAUUUUUUUAAAAGUCCCCUAUAUUUUUCUUCUUUUUCGAGAUUAUUGCUUCAUAUAAAGAAAAAGUUCGAUUUUUAAAAUGAAAACGGCUACGGUUUAUUUGUCUUUGAUGAAGCAAGAGUUUUAAGAAUACAAACGCUGAAAAUACAUUCGAUAUUUUAUAGCCACGUUUCUUUUAGAGAUGCCGGAGGAUUCAUUUGUACGUUCAUUCUUGAAAAAGUCGAUCGAUUCCGCGGCGAUCAAUCAUGACGUAAAGCAUAUAAUAGCCACAUAGAUCUUUGAAUCUUUCGUCGAGAAAUUCUUCUCCUAGAUGCGAGAUAUUCGAUAAAAAACGAUCGAUCUUUUUCUCAUUAAUUAACAUUUUCAUCGAAGCGAUAUUUGUUGUCCGAUUAGGAAAUUUUGAUCAAUUGAUAGAACAAGAAUUGCACGAUUUUUCGGUAUCGUGAUACUCGACAGACUCAUGAUUAGAAAAUUUUGUAGUCGAGAAAUCAGUUAGAUAAAUUAAUUAAACUUAAGAUACUCAUGAUUGUUUGCGACUCUUGUAUAAAUGAAAGAUUUCGAAAACGUGUCAGAUUAAAAAGUGGAGUGGACGAUUUAGGCAAAUUCUAGCUAACUAAAAUGAAUCCGUAUUAUUACUUUUAUUCUGUAUUUCGAACGAUCGUUUCUUCUUUCGUUUCGUCCUUCAAGGUGAGUUUCUUCUAAUUCGAAUCGAGUAGCCAGAGCAAAAAUCUAGGGUUCAUUGCGAGAGGAGAAUAUCAUAAAAAUAUAAAUCGUAAUAUACCGAGAAAAUACUCUACGAACCUCGUUCUAGAUUAUGUGUGUUAGAUCUAAGUUAAAAAAAAAAAAUAAGAAAAGACAAAAAUAAAUAGAAUAGACUAAGGGCGAGAAACUACGAGUAACUUCUUCGGUGAAUUACAAUUAAAAAGAGGUCUGAAGAAACCUUAUUGAUAAAUCUUCUUGCGAUAUUCUGAGAAAUCUGUUCGAAGCUUUGGAUUUGUUUCGUAAUAAAGAUACAAAAUUGAAUAAAUCGAGACGAUAUUUAACGUGCGACAUCUGGAUUAGUCGCAAAAAGGAAGAGACGUGCGAGUUAAAUUAUUAAACAGAAAAGCAACGCCAGAAUAGAAGUAGCUUUUAAUCGACAAAUCAAAAAAAAAAAAAAAGAGAAGAAGAAGAAAUAAACGAUAAAUAAAUAAUUGUUCAUCUGCGUUCUAGAACUUCUUGCAAGCGAAUUGUAAUUAGUCAUUGUAAUUUUGUAUCGUGAUCUGUAAUUUCGAACGAGCGUGCACCGUGAUAGAUGAUCUUUCGUUAUAGGGGAAGAAUCGUAAUAUGUAAAUGUCAUCGAGUUGCGUGCGAGGGAAUAAUAACGAAAGAAAAAGAAAGGAUGGAGAAGAAAAAAGGAAAACGAAGAAUGUGGUCAUCUUCCGAGAAUCUUGUUCCUUGCCUCGGAUUUUUCUCUUUUUUGCUUCGUUUCCUUUUCGUUUCUUCCGCUCCUUUCUCCGUCGAUCGCGAUCUUUUUUCUAUCGAACGUGAAUAAUAACCAUAAUCACCCGCCAACGCCACGUGGACGAAUUUUGUACGAUUCUGCGCGACUCUGUACUCCGAUAUGAUUAUACAAUACACAUACGCAUAUUACAUAUACAUACUUAUAUAUAUUAUAUAUAUGAUAUACAAUGAUUUUUUUAUAUUUGAAAGAGAAGAGAAAAUAAAAUGCAUUUGCCUGACACACCACGAUACAUGGUUAUUAUUCAAGAGUUGAAGAACGAGACACGAGCCUCCUCCUCUGUGUCGCGGUUUGUCGGAGUGUUGACAAACUCGACGAGAUUAUACGUUAAUUGACUGAUCAGCUUAAUUGCCGAUAAAUGGAUGAAAAAGAAAAGAAAGAAGGGGGAUAUUUGACGAAAUAAAAGAUUGAAAUGACAGAAGAAGGGAUGAGAAGCAGGUGCUCGUACGGAGGCACAAGUGUUUCGAGUUCGUACAGAUACCAAGGUUGACUUGUAAAACAUAAAUCAAACAUGUUUCGUUGAUAUUCGAUCAAAAAUUCUCCACUUCUUCUCUUUUUUCUUUUUUUUUUCUCUUUUUUUUUCAUUGCUCGAUAGACACGAUGAUUAUUUUGUAUCUUAAAUUUAUGCGUUCCUCCUGCUUGUUCGAUUCUCUAGCGUUAAACGAGUUAUAUUUGGUGUCAAACGUGUUUGUGCGAUUAAGCAAUAUGGUUUUUUCGUAGUCAAAUAGUAGCGUGAUUCGUUUCAAGGAAAGGGUUGCUCGCAUACGGAAGAAAGAGAAUCGAAAUUCGAAGAUUAUAGAAAAGAGAAACUGUAAAGCUUCCGAAGUGUGAGAAAGACAAUGACAGCGCUGGAAGGGUAAAGAAGAGAACGAUUAUCACGUAAUUAUUACGAACCGAGCUUCUUAUGGUUCUUUGAUUUACUAAAAACCGUCUCACAACCCCUCGAGUUUCUGUCGUAAAAGAAGAAAAAAAGGAAAAUCAUCUUUCGUCGUCGAUUCAUCAUCGUCCUCGAAUAAUCCCAAAUCGUGGACGAAAUAAAACAACACUAUACACAGAUACACGCGUGUACACGACUAUUACUCGGUUUGUUGGGUUUUUAAAGCUAGUGAGACAGCGUUAAUCGUCUUUUCUCAUUGAUAACAUGCAAAAAGAAACGCGAUGAUUAAAUUAAUCAAAGGAUGAAGAUCGAGUUUUGAAGCUUUUUCAGAUUUUCUAGAGAGAGAGAGAGAGAGAGAGAGAGAGAGAGAGAGAGAGUGAGUGAAAGGAAAAAGAUAAAGAUAAGGCUGAAUCGAGAGACCAAGCCGAAAACGCGAUAGAAACGCAACGUCGAAACGGAAUUGGGUGAGAGUUCAUCGAAAAAUCGUUCGCGCGUUCCCAUUUCGAAUAUUCAGACGCUCGAGUCAAGGAUAUUCGACGAUUUCUCACCCCUUGAAUGAAGCAUCGAGGUGUAAAAAUAUUUACAAAAAUGAGAUCACACCGAAUUUCGUUUAACGCAAAAUAACUUCGUCUUGGAUGAAAUGGAAAGUAGAAUAAUUUUAAGUAAUUAAGCGUAAAAUUUAAGCGUAAAAGAAAUAUUCGGAAUGCAUCGAUUAAAAAUCGAGGAUAAAUGUGCGAAAAGGGGUAGAUCUUACGUCUGUGUGAACAGAAACGCGUCGAUAUUAUUACAAUUUUAAUGGGAAGAAAAUGGCGUAUCUGUGCGAGGAGUGACAUCAAAGAUUGAUCAAUCGUCGUUCUUUCUUUCCUUCUCGUCUUUCCUUUGUCUUUCUUUUUUUUUUCUUUUUUUUUUUAACAGACGCAAGAUAAGGGUAUGAAUAUCGAUUUGCUUGUACGAGUAUUCAAAUGGAAGGUUUAAUAAUAAAGACUAUGAUUUACACCUGUACACGAUUUUCUUAUUGCGUACGAAUUAUCACACUGCACUAAUCGUAACGAUUUCUUAACAUCUGUCGUUUGUAAUCAUUUAUUUAAAAAAGAGAAUAAUUGUGUGUUCAUCCCGAAGAGAAAAAUUGUCAUUUUUAAGAUCGUUCUGCGUAACUGUUAUCUUUCCAAAAAAAAAAAAAAAAAAGAAAAGAGAAAAACGGGAUAUUCUUCCCGUGAUAAUCACCUUUAUCACGAUAAUCGUCGUCGUAUCGUAAUCAUCGAUAAUUAUUCGAAAUUUCGAAAUACACCGAUAGAUUCAUCGAAGAUCGACGAUUUUUCGACUAAUUCUUCGUUUUCCUCGCAUAGAUGCAAAAUUCAUUAGUUCUUGAUGAAACAGUGAAACGCAAUCGCAACUUUCGUCCAGCGUACGUCCACGAAAACGUAAUGUAAGUAAAGAGAAGAGUCUUAAGUAUACGCGUCGAAUCUCACCCAACUCUGAAUUUGUAAAUGAACGAUCAUAACGAUCCGCGAUGAAACACGAGCGAGCCUUAAUCGUGUAGAUAUUAUAAUCGUAUUACCACGAUAUUAUUACGGUAAUUCAUUAAACCGAGAAAGAGAGAGAGAGAGAGAGAGGCACAUUGGAUAAAGCGUAAAGCGUGUAGCAUAAUUUUCGCGACUGGAUGAUGAAAGAAUCUUCGCUUCGAGAUCACUUUUUAUCACUGUUACAUAGCUUUUAUCGGCAUUCGAUUUGUAUUUUAAACAUAAUCAGCUCUUAUUUUUAAAUUCCUACAGAUUCUUUGUCAUUUUAAAUUUAUCGUUCGAUAAAAUUAUACAAUAAACAUUUAUUUAGAAAUCACAUCGAUUCUCGAAGGCUAUCGUGAAUGAAAUUUCGUUCAACGCGAAUUUUUUCUUUUAAUAUCAGCGUUCCGUGAUGAUACCAUUACAGUGUUAUUUGCAAUUGCGAAUUAUAAUUUUUUAGCCCUCGUCUAGUAUCGAACAACCAUAGAACAAUUAAUCCCCGGUGCUUAAUUUUAUUAAUCUUUUAAUUAACGCGAUUGUUCGGCGACGAACUUUCCACCUAUGGUAGCCUCGAAGGGUGAAAAAGAUCAAUGUGAGUUUUUAUAAAAAUUAAAACUGCAGCUAAUCGUAUUAUUUUUCAACGAGGAAAAACAAAAAGAUUUUUUAUCGGUCGAUUACGCAAUUAAUCAGAACGGACGGUCGUGACGCCGUCGAGUUUCGUAUAAAAGCACAAUCGAACGAUGAACGAAACAUGGAAAUAAAUAACACGACUCGAAGAGGGACGUUCAUCAAAAUGUCGUGGAAAUUAUUCAGCCGACUUGGUGCAGACUGAUCGCAGAUAUACAUAUUCGAUAAGCUGUACAAACGCGAUGUUUCUUGAUUAGGUUAAGCUGUACGAUAACAGAGACGCCGUGUAGUAGUCUCGUGAGCUGAGUAAUUAGAACACUAGAAGUAGCUUCGUAGAAAAAUCGUCUAGAAACAUACCAAUCAAUCGAUCGCAUGAAUUAUCGUUUAUAAUCUAAUCAGUAAUAAUCUCAUUGAAAUAAAAUCGAACUUUGAGGCUAGCUGCACACCUGUCUAAACGAAACACUGUAACAAUAUAUAUAUAAAUAUAUAUAUAUAUAUAUAUUAAUAUAAACACGAAUCAAAGUCUGCGAGUCAAUUGUACAGUUCUUUCGAUCAGUGGAAUCUUCAUUUAGGCAAGUAUCGCAACGAUAUUGUAAUUAAAUAUCGAAUUAAAGCGGACUUUAAACGUCGAUACUUGUUAAUCAAGUGUGUAUUAUGAUCGGUAGAACGAUUACGAAGAACGAAGCUUUCUCUUUCAAAUACCAUUUGUUCGUGAAAUCAAUUUUUCGAAAGAUUAUGGAUAGUUGUUAGUAAGUAUCGAUAUUUGAUUAAUGUUUAAUUAUACGAUCCUAAGAUCUUGUUAUUUAACCUGUUAAUCGGGAAAAACUAAUUAAUAAGAGUCACUCGACCACUUUUCAAUCUUCUUAGAUUGUAUAUUCUUUUCUGUCUUUUCCUUUUUUUUUCUAGAUAUCUAUUAUGUAUUAUCUGACGCUAGAUAAGAUUGCAGGUGUCUAUGAAUUAUCGUAUCUUUGUAAAUCUGAUUAAAAGAAAUGGGAUUCACACAGGAAUUUAUUUCAAGUGUUAUAACAAGUACUAUAUUUUGGAUAUUUUCUAUACUUUUGCAUAUUACGCGAGAUCUCGUGUAUUCAUGCAACUUUAAAUUUCCCAUAAGCGCACGAACACCGACGAUGUAUCCGAUGUAAAAUUUGCACUAACUUUUAAUCACAAAUGUUUGUGCGUUUGUAGGAGAUUUAAAAUGGCAAACUUGAAAAUUUAACUCAUUUCAAUGGAUCCAUCACAGACCUUUACGAAUUAAAUGGAAAGUUUAGAGUCGGAAAUAAAUUCUUUUAAAAUUCGUUUACACCAUAUAAUUGGCAUUUUCAAGUUAUUUGAAGUCAAUUUAAUUGAAACUGAUUGAUUUCUGUUGAAUAUUAAUUCCGCGACCUCUUGUGUAUUCUUGCAACUUUAAAUUUCCCAUAAGCGCACGAACACCGACGAUGUAUCCGAUGUAAAAUUUGCACUAACUUUUAAUCGCAAAUGUUUGUGCGUUUGCAGGAGAUUUAAAAUGGCAAACUUGAAAAUUUAACUCAUUUCAAUGGAUCCAUCACAGACCUUUACGAAUUAAAUGGAAAGUUUAGAGUCGGAAAUAAAUUCUUUCAAAAUUCGUUUACACCAUAUAAUUGGCGUUUCUAAGUUAUUUAAAGUCAAUUGAAUUAAAACUGAUUGAUUCCUGUUGAAUAUUAAUUCCGCGAUUAUAGUAGAUUCUGGCUAAAACUAUGACCAUAUUAACAGGUUAAUCUGUAUAAUUAAACAUCUUCCGUUUAAUUCGUUCUACGUGUAAGAAAUAUUGCAGGAUCUCUCGCUCUCCUCCGCACCACCAACAAAGUUGAGGACUCUCUCGACUAAAUUCGAAAACGAAUUCGAUCGCGAACAAACAUCCCCACGGCCACGUUUCCCUGUAUCCUGUACGUAACUUCUUUUGAUACUAAACGGUAGAACGCCAAACGCCCCUUUAGAACUCUGUGUAUUUCGAGGAAAGCAAACAGAGCACGUAAGUUCACGGAUGCGAACAAAAUAAUGUCGUGUCGAUGGACGCGUUUCAAAAGCGACGAACGAUCAAACUUUCGUUCAAAUAUUAAAAGAUAAUCGGAUAAAACGACAUUAACGAGGAAUCGAGGAGUUGAAAUGGUAAACGAUUUUAACGUGCAAAUGUCGAAGAUGAAAAUUCCUUGAUAAUUUUGAUAUUCGUACGUUUAUCAGUUUUAUUGAUUUUUCAGACAGAAACGUACAAUACGAACAAAUUUUUCCAAAUUGCUUAAAUUUAUUUUAUCUUUAUUCGCAUACCUGUUAUAUCUUUGUCUGUUUUAAUAAAGUGGGGAAAAAACGAUCAGAUUGACGUUUACGAUCAAUUUCUCUCUCUUUCUCUUGCAAUAAUUUUUAAAGCUAAGAUACAUUAUUUUACGAUAUACGAAUUGAAACAAAAUUUCAAUGAACACUUACCAUCAUACACGCUCUGUUUUACGAUUAUUUUAAACGCUAAAGUAAAUUGUUCCUCGCAGAACAUGCAGUCGGAAAACAAAUUUCAAUUGACACUUACAACCGCUAACUCUACCUUACAGAGCUCUAAAAACUCCAACGAAUUAUUUUACCACUAGUGACUUUUAUUCGCCUGUAUUUUAUAUUUUACAUUCUUUCCUGCUAAAGAACUUCUCUUUUCUCCUUCUCUCUCGCCUCACCUCUGUUUGUAUCGUUUUGACGUUUGUACGAUUCAUCGUUUCAAUUCGUCGAUCGUUUGAUCGGAAAGGAACGACGAUUAGAAAGAAGACAAUCGAAAAACAAAAAAAAAAAAACGAAGACGAAAUCGAACGAAACGCAGUUCCAUCGACACGAUCCUCUGAAGUAACGAUAGAUUCACGAUCGGUAGAACGAUUUCACCAAUGACAGCGGUGAAAUUUUGCGGAUAAAAAAAAAUACGUGAUCCGUAGGAUUAAGUAAGAGAGCCGUGUGCGAAAAAAAUAAAGACGCUACCGUCGAUAUACUCCCACGGAUAAUACGAUGUGUGUGCUUGGAUGAAUGUAUGUCGCGUAGAAAAAAACCGGGAUUUCGGUGAGGAAUCGCGAUCGAGGUACAGAUCAAUCGUUUGAAUCGAUCUUCGAUGGCCUGACGAACGGCGUUCGAGCCGUGAAUCUUAAAGAAUUUCGUGUUGUCGCGAAAUCCCUGAUAUAUUGCAAUGAUAUGUACAUAUAUAAAUAUUUCCUUCUGCAAGAAUUCAAAUCGAUAGAGUAGAAGUUCCUGUUUUCUCGUCUGAAUUGUAUUCUUCCCCGCGAGGACUGUAUCAUUGAUUUCGUUAAAAGAGAAGAAAAUCCUCACCAAUAAUUGUUUGCAAUAAUUAAAUGGAGUUGAACGUGCAUUUCUUUGUGCCUUCUAUAGAAAAUAUUUGAUCGCGAAAGAUAUACAACGUUAAUUUCUGAACAAUUUCGAAGAAAGAAACGACGAAGAUCGAGGAUCAUAGAAUACCAGCGGCCUAAACUGUUCAUACGAAAGCGAUAGAAAGCCUAAUUUACCGUCUUGUCUGUGUAUCCUCGUACGAAAUCUGUUCAAUCGGUAACAUUCUCGCCUUUUCGUAGCUUCUCGACGAUUUUUCUGUUCGAUCGAUAUCACACUGACGAUGCUCAAAGCAUCCUCUCUUAUGCAUUUAACUUGAACAGUGUAUUGUUACAGGCAUACUUUACACGUAUAUUAUAUUUUCACGUGUUAUCGAUCGAUCGUUUAUUUGAAAUUGACGAAACAAUUGAACGCGAUGGUCUUGAAGAAGAGAAUAAUUUUCCCAAUUAUAAGUCGAGAUUAUGGUAAAGAUAGAAGAAACAGUGGAUAAUUGUUGCGACUACGAAAACACGAGAAAUUGUAAAUUGAAAUUAGUUGAAAAGUAGAAGAAACGACAGAGAUUGUAAUUCUUUGCUGUUGCAAUAACUCGACGAACUGAGAUUACUUAAAAAUACAGAGAAUAUAGAAAAUAAAAGAUUUAAUAACUCGAUAGGAACUAUAAAAAUCGAGGUAAAUCAAAUUAAAAGAAAGCGUUCUUCGCUCGUUUCGAAGUAACGGAUAGGAAUGGUCCUCGAGAAGUUGAUGAUAGGACAAAUCUUUCUCGAUGGAAUCAAUGGAUUCGUUCGAUAACGCAAGCUCGAACUGCGAAUUUCAACGAAGCAUCCUCGAUCGCAGGGAAAAUACUCGCGAAAUCCCAGACGCUCGCGCCACGAUCCUUGUGUGUUUUAAAUAAUUGCGCAGAUUUUAUUGAGUAAGAUUGAUGGACGUGUUGCGUCAUUCGCUCGUGUCGGAAUUCUACCGAGAAACCGAAUAUUUCCGAAGAACACGAAAGAUAAUCGAGACACGUUUUGCUCCAAAAUAUAUUAAUCGGCAGAAACGACGAACCGAACUUAUUUUUCUUGUUCCUAUCGUUCGAUAUUCGCGAUGCAGCCAGCCAUCCGACUAUGAUGUAUUUUUCCCGAGGCAGGAACGCGUAAUUAUUGACAAAGUAUAAUCGCGUGUAUAAAAAUUCCACGGACAAAAGGAACGCCGCCUGUUUCAGAAAUCGAAUAAUUCCACGUUGCAGAUGAGACAAGAAGAGUUUCUUGUCUUUACGAUUGAGAUAUCGGCGAUUGUUUACGCAACAGUCAAUUUCAAUUUCACAGAGGUUUAUCAAUCGAAUCACGCUUCUCGUAUUUAUUAAGUAUUCUCCGAUAGUUGCGUUGUAUCGUGCGUUGUUUUCUUUGAGACUUCGAUAGAGACAUCGGUAAUUUGUAUUCCUUAGAAAUCGAAAGGAAGAACCGAUGGAAAAGAUAGGAAAUAUUCGCUGCGGAUGUUUGCGGAUCCUUUUUAAAAAGAGGAUCGCAUAAUACUUAAAAAAAGGGAGAAAAAGCUGCAAAAUAAAAUUCACCAUGGAAGAUCGAUGAUGUAAAGCUUCCUAUAAAAUGAAUCAACGUGGAAUAAAAAGAGAACAAGAAAAUUAACGAUCGGGAUUAUCGAUACUCUGAAACAGAACUUCUAUUAUUAUUAUUAUUCUAUAGGAAACUAUUUAUCGUAGAAAUUUGAAAAGGAAGAUUAACGAACGAAGCGAUGGAUAAUCCGAAACGCUUGCUAAAAAGAUGGUAGCGAUAGUCGGAGCAAAACUGUGUUCGCGAGAAAUUUAAAGCAGACUAUCUUCGGCUAUUUCUGAAUAGACACGAGGGACGCGCAACACGCGUUUUACCACUUACGAUUAGCGUCGUGUACGAAUCAUUUAGUUCUCAUUCCUUCGCGGGAUCCUCGGUGAUGCCAGAUAUUCUCCCUCGACUUCUUUUGUACCAGGCGAUUUAGCCACCUUAAGUACGACUUGAAACGUGCGAAUUAAUCAAACAAAACGAUUAAACGAUACAUGCGCACUAUCUUCUCAGAUACAUUGUUUAAAACGAAUAAAAGAAUUAAAGAAAAAAAGAUUAAAAAAAAGCGUAAAAGAAGAUGAGAGUACAGGCGAACCGUUUUUUCUCGGAUGUUUACACGAUGUGUGAGGAUGAGCACAUAAGCGGAAGGGACGAAACGAAGGGAAGCAUUUCUCGAUCUGGCAUCACUCGACGAGGAGAAGAUACGUAGAUCGAGGAAACGCGACGGCACUUGUGUCCGUUUCCGCUCGCUGCUCCACUGUGAACAUCACCGUUCUGUCGCUCCUUCGAACGUUGCUUUGUUUAAGCAACGACGACUUUGUGGUGAAAAGAAGAAAUCGUGUGAAAAGAGAUGGGACGGAAUUGAAUUGAAAAAUUACAGGAAAAAAGAGAAUAAGUUUAAACGAUAAAUCGCGUGAAAAGGUGGGAGAGAUUUACGAAUUUGAAUGAAAAAUUGCGUAAGAAGGGUGAUAAUCGCAUUUUUAUUGAUAAAUCGCGUGGAAAUGGAGAAGAUCGAGUUUCUCGUAAAAAAUUGAAUGGAAAGGGGAGGAAUAUAAUUACUCGAAUGAAAAAUCGCGUGGAAAGGCAGAAGAUGGAAUUUAAUCUGUCCGCUUGAUGAUAGUAAAAAAAAAGUGAUUUUCUUUCUAUGUAAUAUUUUCAUAAAAAAUGCCACGUUUCUUGUCUAUCGUUAGCAAAGAUAUAAAUGAACAUUCGCGUUAUAUGUUCAGAGAAAUGGAUUUUUCUUUUUGUUUCUAAGAGAACGUUUUAUUAGUUUCGUGGAUUCUUGCGUUGAACGUGCCGUUCUAGAUUUAAGAUCGAUGUUCGAUUCGACCCAUUGGAAGCCUGUUUUAACUCUACUACACUCUUCGAGACGUUUUCGAUUCGAUUCGUAUUUCCCGGUCGUUGGAAAAAUUGAUUAAGUUUGAAGAAAAUAUGAGAUAAUCGUUAUUAGAAUUCUCGUUUCAAUUUUAUGCGAAAUGUUAAGGGUAUUUUUAUUUACUGAAACGAGAAUAGAACAAUUCGAAGAUCGUGGUUGAGUUAGCCGUUAGUUUUCGAUGUCAAGCAAUGACAUUUUCCCCCUUUUUUUAUUUUUCAAGUAAUGAAAUCGAUGUUACUGAUGACGAACGUUUCUAUAUGAAACGCGUCGUAUUAUUUUUUUAAUCUAGCAGUGCCUCGUUGUUUCGUAUAUUUUUUCAGAGAAUGAACAUUUUUACGAUAGAAGAGAAGAUUCGAUCAAAUAGUUUUAUGUUGUUUCGAUUCUAAGCGCAAUUCCAAUGGGUUGGUCGUUUUAAAAUUGAAUUUCUUUACGUAUAAAGCUUGUGUAUUUUAUUAUAUCGACAAACGUGGAGUUUCGUUUGAAAAAGACGAAACCCAAUUUGAUUGUCACAAUGUCAAAAAUAGAAAAGCCAAAAGAAACGAAGAUUAUAUAUAACAAGAAGAAAAAAAAGAAGCGAAUAAAGGGAGGUUGAGCAAUCAUGGUAUUCAGCCAACAUAGUGUAGUAAUAUAUAUAAGUAUAAAUCGGUUAAUAAUUAAGUAAAGAGAAAUCAAGAAAAAGAAGUAUCAAAAUUAGUAUGUAAAACAGAAGAAUAUAAGAAAGAAGCGUAAAAAUAAAUCACAGGUUGUAUAAAAUACUCGAAUCAACGAUGAACGACUUGAAAUGGGAGAAUUUACAAUUUGAAGCUCAAGCAGAUGUAUAGUAUAAAUGUUCGACCUCUCGCGAUUCAUUUCCGCUUUUACGCAACGGGAAUAUGAUUUACUAUAAUUCUGUGCAUAAUCGAAUAAUAUCUUUGAUUGUAAGUGCCUACGUCGUAAUCUGGAACUGAGAUUCCUUUUAACUUAUUUGAACAAGGGGAGUCACAGUAUAGUUUGCACUCAAUUACGAUAAUCGAACUCUUUUCUCGUAAAUAUUUCUUUGUUUCCUACGAAAAUACUAACGAUCGCUUACUCAAAAAUCUUCCCCAAAAAUUAUUAUACAAUUUCGUAUAUUUUAACAAAAUUUUUGCCAAUUUCUUUUUAUGAUUCCCAAUUUGGUUUGCAAGGGACUUAAGAAAUAUUAAGGAAAAUAAGACCAUCCUUUGCGGAAAUCGUAAUUAAUAUUAUAAUUAAUAUACAAAUUCUUUUCUAAGAUUCUAAGAUAUCUGUUCAGAUUAUGAAGAGUGCGCGUGAAAAGAAGAAAAGAAGAAACCACAAGCUUAUCGCGAAGAAAGCAAGAUUUUCAAUUAGAGUCUAGAAUAACCGGAAGUGCUCUUCAUCUUCGUCGGCGGACCGAGAUUUUCGACAGACUUCCGGUUACAGACGACGAAAUUGUUUGCGAUUCGCUUUUUUUUUUACUCUCCUCUUCAAUAGAAUCCGUUUUCCCUUCGAAAAAUGUGAUCGUUUCCCUGGAAACAACCCGAUCAAGCUGUACUUGUCAGUUUUUCGAACGCGUGUAUCAAAGAAGAACGAGAAAAGAAAGAAAACGGAUGAAAAAGAGAGGGUAAUAUAAAAGAUUACACGAUAGAGAUAGGCAAAGGAAAAUGUGAGACAACGACAUACGCACAUAAGGCGCAUGGAAAUAAAUAGACUCGAUGAUGAUUGCUAUUGUUAAUCGAUCAUCGACGAUUAACUGGUAAGAGGAUAUUGCGGCGAUAAAUAGCGAAGUUUAAUAUUACCCGUUUGUAUACUAAGGAGAAAAUUUACAAAAAAAAAAGGCGAAGUAAAUGUGGAAAAAUAAUAAACGACAAGAAUGUAAGAGAUGGAGAAAUAUUAUAUAUAUAUAUACGUAUAAUAUUUAAUUUGUAAUAGGGAAUACAUAAAUAUUAUAUGUGCAUAUAUGCGAUGUAAGUAAUAUAGAACGUGUGUGAGAGAGAAAGAGAGAGCUAUUUUGUAGGAUGAGUUCGAAGAGUGCGUAAGUGGGCGGCGAUUUACUUCUUUUUUAUUUCUCUGACUUGCCCAUGAAUAUGUAAUAUUCCCAUAUGUAAGAAAUGUUAUAAGGAUUACCUAUAAAACAUGAAAAUAAAUAUCAUGUAAACACCGAGAA